UUUCAGCCUCCCAAUUGCAAUCAUUCGACAUAAGCUCAUUUCACACAACAAGCUAUGUUACCGACCGAUGCACAGCGAUGGUACCGGGACUCAUUCAUCACAUUUGGAUUAAAGCACCGGAAAGCAAUGACGCGUCUCCCGGAAUGGAUGACGGAUGAAUUUCUGCGCGAAGACGACUGUCCGCUGUUUCACUACGGCGUAGGAGUUACGAUACAGCAGCUUCGCGUAUUCUGCAUCAAACAGCAGAUAUACAAGCCUGACAAGGACAGUGAUGAGAUGGCCAUGUGCGCCUUGCCGGAAAUCGUCGAUGUCCUCUCACAGCUCUGCAGAGCCAAGUUGAGCUGGGUUAGGAUCGGACACCCUCGCUACGUCUUGGCGAUCGCUCUCUACACGAACUUCAACCUAUACAAGCAGAAACGUUCACGGAGCCAAGAAGCAACGAUAUUCGAGGCGGUGAAGAAAGAGCUCGACCUAUCGCCCAACGCGCAACCCCUUUGGUACUGGGAUAUGGAGCGCUCUACUAGAGCAGAGACAAUCGCCAAGAUGACCAAGAUUCCGAAGAUUCCGAAGGCCGUCAUGUUGCAUAAGGCCGUACUCGGUUACGAAGACAUCGAUGUAACGGCGGACUUCGAACCGUCGGACGAAGAGCUGAAGGCGCACUUCGGGGACUUGGAUGAAGAGAGCGACACGGAUGAAGAGAGCGGAUCUGACAGCGACAGCGACGUAAUUUACGAUAGCGACACGGACGACGAGAGCGACACAAAUACAGCCCGUGCGUAGGGGCAAGGGAAGUAAGUGCUGUGGAUGGCGGCGCUACACGGUAUAGCGCUAUCUCUAUGAAAAUCUUGGUCAUCUUUUGAUUGUUUUGUGUAUUGUCAUCCCCUGUUUUCCUUGCUGUGUGAACAGUUGUCGCUAUCGUGCUCUGAAUAUAUAUCACAUU